GACUGCUAUUGUGCUGCUUUAAAUGCCAGAAACUAUCUCGGUAUUCUCGAGAGCUUCCAAGGUUCGAGACGCCUCUUGAUCUCACAGAUAGUGUCUUGUUAUCGGACAGAAGGCUGGCUCUUCCACAAGAUCGACAUCUUGGAUUUUCACCACCCCAGCCAUAAUGUCGUCGGCUUACCAUGUUGAUCCUUUCGGGCUACCGGGAGCUCGCCCCUACCAGCUUCCCCCACCUCGUACUUCUGUCCCAUUGCAAUUUGGAACAGACCCUUUUCUCCGACCACGCAACCGAGAGGGGAAGAUCGAUGGAGGGGAUGCAGUUCCAAACUACGCAAAAUGCCAGCAUCUCCAGCAGACCACCGAACAGCUCCCUUCAGUUAGCCAACUUCUCACGCCCACAGCUCGAUCGAGUCGAUCCCCGUCGCCCUAUAAUCCCUCGGUUUUUGGGAUUCUCUUGCCAUCCUACGACGUGCCAGAUACCUUCGAGCAGCACCACCACAAUGAACCCACCACUCCUCUUCCGCACGAAGGCCGAUUAGGUAUGUUUGAUCAUACCAAGGUGAUUUCAGGAUCGAUAUUAUCAUCGCAAUCCCGAAGUUUACCCCCCAUAUCCCAAAUCUCCGCGAAUGGUUUGGGGCACGACACGGCACACCCUGACCGUCAUACAAAUGCCCCUCACCAACUGUAUCCACAUACCUCACCUAAACGAUAUGGCAACAGAGCUCACGAGAAAGAGUCCGAAGGAUUUUCUUCUCCAGAAACCACAGAUUCGAAUAAAUCUCGGAAGGCCCAAGUGCGCCCCCAUGUAGUGGAUGAGAGAUAUGUUGAAGGAGAAGGAUUGUGCUACAUCUACGCAGACGGUACCCACUGCCCCAAGGCUAUCGACGGUGUUCCAGUGAACGCCAACUGGGGCGUUACGAAAGCAGGAAAGCCGAGAAAACGACUAGCACAAGCCUGCCUUACCUGCCGGGAAAAGAAGAUUAAGUGCCAACCGAAUUUGCCCAAAUGUGACCAGUGCCAGAAGUCUGGGAGAGAAUGCAGAUUUGAGAGCGCACCUCGUGGUCACCGGGUAGCCCUGAAAGCGUCACAGUUUGGGAACAGAUAUGACACGAGAGACGGUGCCACAGGAGGGAGUUCUAACAACGCAGGUACAUCCAGUUCACUAUAUUCUAUUGCAAGAGCCUCGGAAAGCUCUGCCUCCCUUCCAGGAACAAAUUCUCAGUCUCCUUUAUCUGACGGUUCUAUGCUUACCCCUUCUGCUCUGGAUAGCAAUCAUGAGAGUCCCCCCGAUCCUGAUCACUACCACCCAGCCAAGAUACGACGUGUUUCCACCGGGCAUGAGGACGUUCCCAGGCACUCGCUAGAUAUCAAUCGAGUUACGUCGGCCGAAUAUGCCGAUAUUCUGAUGGAAAUCACAGAUCUGGUCACCCAGGACCCAGUAGCGAACGACUGGAAAACUGAUCCUUACGCGACUGACCCGGAGCUCGCGGUCCAUUUCGUCGAAACUUACUUUACCUUUGUGAAUGACCGCUUGUACUAUAUCUUUCCCCGAAAGCGGUUUCUUCUCUGGCUCAAGUCCUGUCGCACAAAGUCUCUUGAUGAUAAUAUGCUUCUCUAUUCCAUGAUGGCUUUGGGUUCUGUUUUCUCGGACCGACCCGAUAAGGUGCUAGCUGUGAAGAGAUACUCGCGAACCGCUAGAUACGCCCUCGAGCACAGUCAACACAGCCUUUCACUACAACUUGCUCAAAGCCAUAUUAUCAUAAGCAUGUGGUACUACGCCAUAGGAGCCCUCGCGAAAUCAUGGGACGCCGCCGGGGCUGCCGUGCGAACGGUGUGUGGCUUACGAUAUAACGUCGAAAUGGGCGGAGUUAUUGUCGAGCAAUCCCAGCCUUGUGAGUAUGGCUUGCAUCCUCAAGCACUAAUUGAGUGUCGUCGGCGGACCUUCUGGGUUGCUUUCCUGAUGGACCGUUUAUCCUGUUUCUAUGCACCUUCGACGACCUUCAUCUCUUCCCAAACAGCGUUCCUAAGGCUUCCUUGUCGGGAGGAUGUGUAUGAAGCCCAGGAGUAUACCACCGUGCCAUUUUUCCAAAGCUUUUUGAACCAGCUUCCGGUCUCUCAGGAGGACGAACUUCCCGGGUUGAGCGCGAUGGCGCUGUUGAUAGACGUCAUGUCCAUUUGGGGAGACGUUUCCGACCAUGUCUUUCGGCUGUCUUUGAUUCCUGCGGAAGCAUACAAUCAACUCUUCGAGGACUUCUACAGCACAGUCGUCCGUCGAUCAGACGAAUGGCUUGCGAGACUGCCAAACCAUCUGACCUUUACCGCAGUAAAUCUGGAGCGAUGUAUCCGUGGGAAGAAAAUUGACCCGUUUAUAUCCAUCCAUCUAUUAUACCAUGCUACUCUCAUGAAAUUGAACCGAUAUGCUCGUUCGCAGUUGCUGCGACCAGGCAUGGCUAGCAAAUAUAUCCGUACGGUCAGAAAUCACGCCGUAGAAAUUCUCCGGACUGCCCUCGCGCUGUUACGCUAUGCCGCCGAAUACGAUGUGUCUCAAAUAACAAUGGAUUCGAUGCCUUCGAAAGGGAAUAUCUUGAGCCCUUUUCUUGGCUACGUCAUGUUGUCGGCAGUCGAUGUUCUCAGUGCCGGGGGGCUUCUCAUCGACAUACCUGAAUCCAUUACCCUUAUUCGAGGUGGCCUGGAAGUUGUUCGGGAGCUGGGCUGCUCCUGGAGCAGCACCAAAACAUUGGUCCCGCUUAUUGAAGGGCGUUUAGUUGCCAUGACAGAUGCACUUCACCAGUUGGAAUCUCAAGGGACAGCCGCUUUCUUCCUGGACGGACCAUCCUUGGAUAGUCAUAUCCACAAUGGGGUACAAAAGCAAGAAUCAAAUGGCAGUGAGGAUUUAAUGUACGAUCCUCAGUCGCGUGAGCAAUUCUUUGGUGCUUUGGGCCUUGUUGAUAUCCCGUUUGUGAAAGAGAACAUGCUUUGGAUCAAGUCUCGUUAAAGGCUUCUUUGGCACUACUCCAUUUUCUCUUUUUAUGCUUUCCUUGCUUGAGCGUGAUGAUGUGAUAUGAUGUAUUUGAAUAUAUGGGCUGCCACGCUAUACCCAUUGAUAUUCCCCCAAUCUCCUCUUUUCUUCUUCUUUUUUUUUUUUUUUCACAUUCUUAGCGACCUUGUUUGGGAUGCUGGGUUCAUCUGUUGUUUAGGGCCGGGGCCGGUUUGCCGGUUUGAUCAUACUUCGGUACGCU